GUGGCUGGGGCGGGCCGGCUGGCGCCUGGAGCUCGGGCUUGGGAUCUGCACAGGCUCUGCGGGCGUAGGCGGGGCGUCCAGAGGAGGCGCGGGGGCCCUGGCCAGGGUCCGGCCCCCGGAACCCCGGCCUCAAGCGGGAAGGGGCUCCGGAGCUGCGGGGAGGCAAGAUGAUUUCUCUCCCCCAAGCUUGGAACAGAUGAAGGAAACAACAGUACAAGAUGAGAACAACAAAGGUCUACAAGCUUGUCAUCCACAAGAAGGGCUUUGGGGGCAGUGAUGAUGAGCUAGUCGUGAACCCCAAAGUGUUUCCUUACAUCAAGCUUGGAGACAUUGUGGAGAUUGCUCACCCCAACGAUGAGUACAGCCCUCUGCUUUUGCAGGUCAAGUCACUUAAGGAGGAUUUGCAGAAAGAAACUAUCAGUGUGGACCAGACCGUGACUCAAGUGUUUCGGCUAAGACCUUAUCAAGAUGUGUAUGUGAAUGUCGUAGACCCUAAGGAUGUGACCCUUGACCUAGUGGAAUUAACCUUUAAGGAUCAAUAUAUUGGCCGUGGGGAUAUGUGGCGACUGAAGAAAAGUUUGGUCAGCACAUGUGCCUAUAUCACUCAGAAGGUGGAAUUUGCUGGCAUCAGGGCUCAGGCCGGGGAGCUGUGGGUCAAGAAUGAGAAGGUCAUGUGUGGUUAUAUAAGCGAAGAUACCAGGGUGGUAUUCCGUUCUACGUCAGCUAUGGUUUACAUAUUUAUUCAGAUGAGCUGUGAAAUGUGGGAUUUUGAUAUUUAUGGGGAUCUGUAUUUUGAGAAAGCUGUGAAUGGUUUCCUUGCUGAUCUCUUUACCAAAUGGAAGGAGAAGAACUGUAGUCAUGAAGUGACAGUGGUCCUAUUUUCUAGGACUUUCUAUGAUGCAAAAUCUCUUGAUGAAUUUCCUGAAAUAAACCGAGCCUCAAUUAGGCAGGAUCACAAGGGGCUAUUCUAUGAAGAUUUCUAUAAGGUGGUGGUGCAGAAUGAGAGGAGAGAAGAGUGGACCUCCCUCCUCGUGACCAUUAAAAAGCUCUUCAUCCAGUAUCCAGUGCUGGUGCGACUGGAACAGGCAGAGGGCUUUCCUCAAGGAGACAAUUCUACCUCAGCACAAGGAAACUACCUAGAGGCCAUCAAUCUGUCAUUCAAUGUGUUUGACAAGCACUACAUCAACCGCAACUUUGACCGAACUGGCCAGAUGUCUGUGGUGAUCACGCCCGGGGUGGGUGUGUUCGAAGUGGACCGGCUACUCAUGAUCCUGACCAAGCAGCGGAUGAUAGAUAACGGAAUUGGUGUGGACUUGGUGUGCAUGGGGGAGCAGCCGCUGCAUGCUGUCCCGUUGUUCAAGCUGCACAAUCGGAGCGGCCCUCGCGACUCUCGCCUGGGCGACGACUACAAUAUCCCUCACUGGAUAAACCACAGUUUCUACACAUCCAAAAGCCAGCUCUUUUGUAAUAGUUUCACCCCACGAAUAAAACUGGCCGGAAAGAAGCCUGCCUCUGAGAAAGCAAAAAAUGGUCGUGAUACGUCUCUGGGGACUCCCAAAGAAUCUGAGAACACCCUUCCCAUCCAAGUGGAUUACGAUGCUUAUGACGCGCAAGUCUUCAGGCUGCCAGGCCCAUCCCGGGCUCAGCGCCUCGCCACCUGCAGGUCCGUGCGAGAGCGGGAGAGUCACAGUCGGAAGAGCGCCAGUUCCUGCGAUGUCUCAUCCAGCCCUUCCCUGCCUGGCCAGGCGUUGCCCACAGAGGAGGUGAGGAGCCAGGCUUCUGAUGACAGUUCCCUGGGCAGGAGCGCCAACAUCCUGAUGAUCCCUCACCCCCACCUGCACCAGUAUGAAGUCAGCAGCUCCUUGGGCUACACCAGCACUCGAGAUGUCCUGGAGAACAUGAUGGAGCCACCACAGCGGGACUCCAGUGCGCCGGGGAGGUUCCACGUGGGCAGCGCAGAGUCCAUGCUGCACUUUCGACCUGGGGGAUACAUGCCCCAGCGGGCACUGAUCAACCCCUUUGCACCCUCGCGGAUGCCCAUGAAGCUUACGUCCAACAGGAGGCGCUGGAUGCACACUUUUCCUGUGGGACCAUCUGGAGAGGCCAUCCAGAUCCAUCACCAGACCCGACAGAACAUGGCAGAGCUGCAGGGCAGUGGGCAGAGGGACCCGACCCACUCCUCUGCAGAGCUGCUGGAGUUGGCAUACCAUGAAGCCACUGGAAGGCACAGCACUUCCCACCAGCCUGGCGAUGGCACAUCUUUCUUGAACUUUACUGGAACAGAAGAGCUUUCUGUCAGCCUGCUCAGCAGCAGUGGUGCAGGUAUGAAUCCUAGGACCCAGAAUAAGGAUUCUUUAGAGGACAGUGUUUCUACGUCUCCAGACCCAAUGCCAGGCUUCUGUUGCACAGUUGGCGUGGACUGGAAGUCUCUCACUACUCCGGCGUGCCUCCCCCUCACCACGGACUACUUCCCCGACCGCCAGGGCCUGCAGAACGACUACACAGAGGGCUGCUAUGAUCUCCUCCCGGAGGCCGACAUCGACAGGAGGGACGAGGAGGGUGUGCAGAUGACGGCUCAGCAGGUGUUUGAGGAGUUCGUCUGCCAGCGGCUCAUGCAGGGCUACCAGAUCAUCGUGCAGCCCAGGGCGCAGCAGCCCAGCCCCGCUGGCCCGCCCCCGCUCAGCAGCAGUCCACUCUAUGGCCGUGGCCUUGUGUCCCGAAACCGCCCUGAGGAGGAAGACCAGUACUGGCUGAGCAUGGGCAGAACUUUCCACAAAGUCACACUGAAGGAUAAGAUGAUCACAGUGACACGAUACCUUCCCAAGUACCCUUACGAAUCUGCCCAGAUCCACUACACCUACAGCCUCUGCCCCUCCCACUCAGACUCGGAGUUUGUCUCCUGUUGGGUGGAAUUCUCGCACGAGCGGCUGGAGGAGUACAAGUGGAAUUACUUAGACCAGUACAUCUGCUCUGCCGGCUCCGAGGACUUCAGCUUAAUCGAGUCUCUGAAGUUCUGGAGGACCCGCUUCCUGCUGCUGCCGGCCUGUGUCACCGCCACCAAGCGCAUCACGGAGGGGGAGGCCCACUGUGACAUCUAUGGGGACAGGCCCCGGGCGGACGAGGAGGAAUGGCAGCUCCUGGAUGGCUUCAUCCGAUUCGUGGAGGGCCUAAACCGGAUCCGCCGGCGGCACCGCUCUGAUCGCAUGAUGCGGAAAGGGGCCGCCAUGAAAGGCUUGCAGAUGGCUGGGCCCAUCCCCACCCACUCCCUCGAGUCGACCGGCCCCCCCGUUGGGAAGAAGGGAACCUCAGCUCUGUCUGCCCUGCUGGAAAUGGAAGCCACUCAGAAGUGCCUGGGAGAACAGCAGGCGGCGGUGCAUGGGGGCAAGAGCUCCGCCCCCCCGGCUGAGAGCAGCGGUGUAGCCAUGACUCCCACCUACGUGGACAGCCCACGAAAGGUCAGUCCAACCCCAGGGCCCCGAGGCCCGUGCAUGCCUGUCCGUCGCAGAAGCCGCGACCUGGCCUUCAGCUCGGCUCUGAACAUGUGGAAUUGGGCCGAAGCCGAGUUUGAGGGGCAGUUGAAACUGAAUUCAGUCUCAGAGGUGUCUGUGGACCAGACGGCCACCCCGAUGUCAGACAGCACCAGUAUGGGGGUGAGCACAGGCCAGUCCGUGGACAGAGGCAACAGCCAGACCUUUGGGAACUCACAGAGCUCAGGGGAACAGGGCUUCCCCUCUGCAAACUCCAGUGACAGCAGCUCUCAGCAGUUGGUGGCCAGCUCCUUGACGUCCUCCUCCACCCUGGUGGAGAUCCUGGAGGCCAUGAAGCACCCCUCGACAGGAGUCCAGCUGCUCCCUGAGCAGAAGGGCCUCUCACCGUGCUGCUUCAUCAGUGCGGAGGUGGUACACUGGCUGGUGAACAACGUGGACGGGGUGCAGACGCAGGCCAUGGCCAUCGACAUCAUGCAGAAAAUGCUGGAAGAGCAGCUCAUCACACACGCCUCUGGCGAAGUCUGGCGGACCUUCAUAUACGGCUUCUAUUUCUACAAGAUAGUGAUGGACAGAGAGCCUGAGCGAGUGGCCGUGCAGCAGCCCACUGCUUGGCACACGACAGCGGUGGACGACUUCGCCAGCUUCCAGCGCAAGUGGUUUGAGGUGGCCUUCGUGGCCGAGGAGCUGUUGCACUCGGAGAUCCCUGCCUUCCUGUUGCCCUGGCUGCCCAGCCGGCCGGCCUCCUACGCCAGCAGGCACAGCUCCUUCAGCCGCAGCUUCGGGGGCCGGAGCCAGGCGGCUGCGCUUUUAGCUGCCACUGUCCCAGAGCAAAGGACCGUGACCCUGGACGUGGACGUGAACAACCGCACAGACCGACUGGAGUGGUGUAGCUGUUACUACCACGGCAACUUCUCACUGAACGCGGCCUUCGAGAUCAAGCUGCACUGGAUGGCGGUGACCGCCGCUGUGCUCUUUGAGAUGGUCCAAGGUUGGCAUCGCAAGGCCACCUCCUGUGGCUUUUUGUUGGUGCCGGUUUUGGAGGGUCCCUUUGCGCUGCCCAGUUACCUGUACGGCGACCCGCUCCGGGCCCAGCUCUUCAUCCCGCUCAACAUCAGCUGCCUGCUCAAGGAGGGCAGUGAGCACCUGUUUGACAGCUUUGAACCAGAAACAUACUGGGACCGAAUGCACCUUUUCCAGGAAGCCAUCGCACACAGGUUUGGGUUUGUUCAAGAUAAAUAUUCUGCCUCUGCUUUCAACUUCCCUGCUGAGACCAAGCCUCAGUACAUCCACGUCACAGGCACGGUGUUCCUGCAGCUGCCCUACUCCAAGCGCAAGUUCUCGGGGCAGCCACGGCGGCGCCGCAACUCCACCAGCUCCGCCAGCCAGAGCCUGUUCUGCGAGGAGAGGGUGGGCUACAGCUGGGCCUACAACACCAUGCUGACCAAGACCUGGCGCUCCAGCGCCACCGGCGAUGAGAGGUUUGCUGACCGGCUGCUGAAGGACUUCACGGACUUCUGCGUCAACCGUGACAACCGGCUGGUGACCUUCUGGACGAGCUGCCUGGAGAAGAUGCACGCCAGCGCCCCGUGACGGGCCGGGGGAUACUGUCCUGCUACUGAUGGUACUCGGUGGGGUCAGGCAGGCUUGGGUGGUGGGGGCUGUGGGUGCUGCUUGGCCCCCACCAGCCUCCGUCCGCUCCAGGAGGAAGACUGCGGAAGCCUCCGGCACCCGGGAGCAGGUGGGAAGGCGCCCCCUUGCACGUCCUCAGCAACAGAGUGGCUCCGCUGAGCGUCCUUUCCUCCGCCGUCCGCAGGUACUUCCCGCCCAGGAGGAGUGUGCAAAGGAUGUAAGAUAACUUUGUGAAAUAAUGUACCAUAGGCUCACACCAACUGUAUAUACCUGUACAGAACAGAAACAGGAAUAAACUGGCCCGUGUGGCAUCUCUGUCCCCAGCCUGGUCCCGGGCAGCAGCAAUCCUGUCUUCGGCUGGGCAGUCGUGCCCUGUCGCUGGGGCCCUGGAGGCCGAUGAGGCGGCCACAGACGCUGGGGAGGACUCCAGAAUUCACUUGGGGGUCUGGCUGUGAGUUUACUGAAAGGUUUCUCUUCAUGGGCCCUCGGGCAGGAGAGGAGAGUUCCGGGCAGGCCUCAUGAGCAGACAGGACGAGGUGCUGGGAUCCCGCGGGCCUGGUUGUGGGAGGUGAGUCUUGCUAAGUAGGUGAGCCUGGCAUGGCGUGCAGAUGUCGCGGCAUUCCGAAAAAAAUCCAAGGAAGUCUCUGUUGACUCUGGCUGAGGUUAGGACCCACUGCUCGAUGGGAUAAGACUCAGCAUGGUCCUCAACCUCAGCCCCGCCCUCACUGGCCAGGGGGUGGGGGUGGGGGACCUGACAGCUCCCACCACUUCCCCUCCCGCCACUUCCCUCCCCCCCGAGUUCAUCACAAGUCCUAUUGAUCUACCACCUCAAUGGCCUGCAAAUCCAUCCCCCUCUCCCAGGAGCCCUGCAGCCACUCUCAGACUGGCCCUCACCUCCUCUUCCACCUCCUGCAUGGCUAGGAGCACCUCCCACCUGGUCUCUGCUUUCCCUCCAGGCCCUUCUCCACUCGGCAGUCACCACUCUGAUUGUUCCCCCCACCUAUUUAGACCUCUUUGGUGACUUGAACUUCAAAACUCUUAGACGUGGCUGCACAAUCUGGUCCCAGGCUUCCUCUCCAGCCACCAGGAACGUCAGAAACUCUUUAUGGGCUCAGACCCUUUGCACACACUGUUCCAUCUGCCUGGAACACUCCUCACUCAUCCCGGCUGUCAUCCAUCCGCCCUCAGCUCAAAGGUCCCUUCUCCAGAGAAGCUCCGU